AGCAAUUUUGGCUCACCCGAAUCGCACAGCAAUCUUCGCUGCUCACCAAUUCGUUUCGACGAUGUCCGGCGCGGAAUUCACCGAGAUGACGGGCAAGGUCAUCAAAGAGGCGGCUCGCCUCGCCAAGGAGAAAGGCCAUCUCCAGCUGGACCCGGCGCACAUCUUCACCGUCCUCGUGAAGGACAAAAGCUCUUUGCCCGCACAGGUGCUGGGACGACUCAACGGCGACAGCCUGGAGUUGGUCAAGGGCUGCGAUCGCCUCCUCGGGGGCUUCAGCUCGCAAUCCCCGGCGCCCGAGGAUUUGCCGCCGAACAACGCCAUGCGCACGGUGCUGAACGAGGCCGAGAAGCUCCGGAAGCAAAGUGGGGAUAGCUACUUGAGUUUGACGGACCUCUUCUUAGCACUGAUGAAGCAGAAGACCAUCAAGGAAGUGCUGACCAGUGCGGGGUACAGCUUGACCCAGUUGGAGAAAGCAAUGCAGGAGGUCCGAGGUUCCAAGAAGGUCGACAGCCAGACAGGAGACGAGAACUUCGAGGCGCUCCUGAAGUACGGCCGCGACCUGGUGGCCGACGCGGAAAAUGGGAAGCUGGACCCGGUGAUCGGCCGGGACGAGGAGAUUCGCCGGGUGAUCCAGGUGCUGGCUCGACGGACCAAGAACAACCCCAUCCUGGUGGGCGAUCCCGGUGUGGGGAAGACGGCCAUCGUCGAGGGCCUGGCGCAGCGGGUCGUCACCAAGGACGUGCCUGAAGCCCUCAAGAACUGUCGAGUGGUGGCCCUCGAUGUGGGCGCUCUCAUCAGCGGCGCCAAGUACCGCGGUGAGUUCGAGGAGCGUCUCAAGGCUGUGUUGCAAGAAGUCAAGGACGCGGAAGGACGGGUGGUGCUCUUCAUCGACGAGGCGCAUCUGCUCAUCGGCGCCGGGAAGACGGACGGUGCCAUGGACGCGGCCAACCUGCUGAAGCCCAUGCUGGCUCGGGGCGAGCUGCGCUGCAUUGGCGCCACCACGGUGGACGAAUACCGGAAGUACAUCGAGAAGGACGCUGCGUUGGAACGACGCUUCCAACAGGUCCAUGUGGAGGAGCCCUCGGUGAGUACCGCGGUGACCAUCCUCCGCGGAUUGAAGGAGCGCUAUGGCUUGCAUCAUGGGGUCUCCAUCCAAGAUGCUGCGCUGGUGGCGGCCGCCACGCUUUCAGACCGCUACAUUACCACCCGGUUUUUGCCAGACAAGGCCGUGGAUCUCUUGGAUGAGGCCUGCUCGAAGAUCCGUGUGCAGCUCAGCUCGCAGCCAGAGCAGAUCGACAGCUUGGAGCGCCGGAGGCAGUACCUGGAGGUCGAGGUGAAAGCCCUCUCGAAAGAGAAGGAUGAGGCGUCCAAGGCUCGAUUGCAGGCGGCCAAGAAGGAGCUCAGCGCAGUGGGCGAAGAGUUGGCACCCUUGAGGGCCAGAUAUCAGCAGGAGCGCGAGCUCAUCGAGGACCUGAGCAAAGCCAAGUCGAAACUGCAAGAGCUGAAGCAGAAGUUGGACUUGAUGGAGGCUCGACACGACGUGGAUGCCGCGGCUGACUUGCGCUACGACGCCAUCCCCGGCGUGCUGCAGAGGAUCCGAGAGCUCGAGAAGCGGAAGCGAGAGUAUGAGGAGCAGACUGAGAGCCCACUCUUGGUGGAGACAGUCACACCCGCACACAUUGCCGAGGUGGUGAGCCGUUGGAGUGGCAUUCCCGUGGCCAAGCUCACCCAGGGCGAGAAGGCGCGCCUGCUCAACUUGGAGGAUGAGCUCAAGAAGCGCGUGGUGGGACAAGAGGAGGCCGCCGAGGCGGUGAGCCGUGCAGUGCUGCGCUCGGCGGCGCGGCUGAGUCGCCGCACGCAGCCGACAGGCUCCUUCCUUUUCGCGGGCCCCACGGGCGUGGGCAAGACUGAGCUGGCCAAGGCACUGGCGGCGGAGCUCUUCGACAAUGAGAACCGCAUUCUACGCUUCGACAUGUCAGAAUACAUGGAGCAGCACGCUGUCUCACGCCUUAUUGGCGCACCUCCGGGCUAUGUGGGUCAUGAGCAGGGAGGACAGCUCACAGAAGCCUUGAGGCGGCACCCAUAUAGCGUGGUGCUCUUUGAUGAGAUGGAGAAGGCACAUCCACAAGUCCUGAAUGUCUUGCUGCAGCUUUUGGACGAUGGACGAAUCACCGACAGCCAGGGCCGAACUGUGGACUGCAGCAAUUGUGUGGUGAUUUUGACCUCUAACCUCGGCUCUGAGCACCUCAUGCGAGCACUGGGCACAGGCAAUCCUUCAGAACUGGAGCGAGCCAAGGGACUAGUGAUGCAGAGCAUCCGCCGCUCCUUGCGGCCAGAGCUGCUGAAUCGCUUGGACGACAUCGUGGUCUUCCAGCCCUUGAGUGGUUCCACACUGCGCCAGGUGGUGCGCCUGCAGCUGGCAGAUGUCUUGAAGCGCUUGGAGGAAUUGGAGGUCACCAUGCACGUCAGCGAUGCGGCCAUCGACUUUGUCCUCAAGGAGGCACACGAUCCCGAGCUGGGCGCGCGCCCAUUGAAGAGGUACCUGGAGCGUCAUUUGGUGUCCAGGCUUAGUACCAUGAUCUUGGACGACAGCUUGACCGCGGGCAGCGUGGUCUACGUGGACCGGGCCAUGCGCAACGGCAAGGUGGACUGGGACUUCCAGGUGCGAAAGGGGCAGAAGCGGCAGCGAGUGGACGAGCCUGACUCGCCCAUGUCGCUGAAGUAGGGACACAUCAUGAGGGACGAUGCGCCCCAUGCGAGUCAAGACUCACGAGGAAUCUAGUAAUUCUCAGCAAGGAAUUUGGCUCGCCCAAAUUCUGCUAAUGUGAGCGGUGGCUUGCCUUGCGCAGCUGCCUGUGAAUUUCCAGCCUUUCUGUGUGUGAGUAGGUGAGAGUUCCGAGCCAAUGGAUGUUUCUAAGCUCAUUAUGUUUCAGGGUUCAUGUACAGGGCCUGCCAGGCCAACCCGUCUAUUGUUACAUUUCGACCCAGCCAUCUGUUGCCGACAACAGAGCUGGGAUCUGGAGUCAAGCCCGCCCGCUAUAGGGGUGAGGUUAACACUUCCAAAGACCUUGAUGACAGCAAAAAGGGUAUCAGAGAGGAG